AUGGCCGACCACCGACCCUCGCCCCUCGCCUGUAUACCUUGUCGUCGUCGCCAUGUCAAAUGCGACGCUCGCAUGCCCAUCUGCACUCGCUGCCACAAUAGUAACAGUGACUGUCGCUAUGUUCGUUCACGGCGCGGCUUGCGGAAUAGAUCUAGUCCUGAUCCACCCCCGGGCGAUGUCGAUCUCCUACCAGACUUUACCACUUGGCUCAACAACACCAUUGACCUAGAUCCAGAGUUCCUCAGCCUGGACCCCAACAUCGACCUCAACGAUGUACAUUCCGAUCCUAUCCAGGACCUGCCUCCAUCGCCACCAGCAUACACACCCGCAGUGGCCGAGUCUGAACCGCUCGCCCAUGAUGCCAUGAUCCAGCUCUACUACCACCACUUUCAUCGCUCGCAUCCCAUCCUCCUGCCGCGGCGCAGUCUCGCUUCCUCACUCUGCCAGCACAUCCCAGCGUACAUCACACAUAUCAUGCGCUACAUCGGCAGCCACUACUAUCCCCAGCCUGGAUUCAGCGAUUCCUUCCGAGCACCCGCCUACACGGCCCUUUCCGCCCCAAGCGACGGAUACAAAGUCCAGGGACUACUCCUCCUCGCCAUCCUCGAGCAUUCCUACGGACAUGAAGAGACCGCCCGGAAACUCCUCAAAGAGGCCAUCCAAUUAGCAUGCCACCUCGACAUGACCAGUCCCUCGUUCGCACGUAGCCACUCCCGCGGGAGUCCCAUCCUCGAAGAAAGCUGGCGACGCACCUACUGGGAACUCGUCGUCGUGGAAGGGCUCAUCUCCGCAUUUGGCGGCGGGCCCAUCCUGCCCAGCUACAAAUGGAUCAACGACGAGAUGCAGCUACCUUGCGAUGAGAAAGCAUAUAAUUUCGAGCAACUCAAACCCCCAAAGCCAUCCGCCACCCUCUCCACUCUCCCCAAUUUCGACCUCCACCACAUCUCCCCCUUCACCCACCGCAUCCUUGCAACGCAAGACCUCCGCGCCGUCCUGCAAGUCACACAAUCCCUCGACCCAGACACCGAACUCCAAACCGAGACAUUAGACGCCCGUCUCGCCACCUCCCUAAUGCGACUUCCCUCAUCCCUCCCAGAACACGACACCGCCACCGUCGACGAAAUGGUCUUUCAAACACUAAUGAUAACAUACCUAAGCCUAAUCUACCUCCACCACCCACACUCCACCAUCCGUCUCUCCUCCUACCACCCCACUACCACUACCAGCACCCUCGCCUCCUCCUCAUCAACAACAUCAUCAUCCUGCACCCGUCUCCGCACCCUCCAAUCCCUCCCCCUAUCCACAACCCACAUCCCCCACCACGACUCCCCCGCAUCCAACACCCACUCCCAGAAACUUCUCCGCGCCGCAGACCUCCUCUCAAACCUGGCCACCCUCCCAAGUACCGUCCUCUCCCGAACGCCAUUCUUCACCUGCGGUCUCGCCAUCGCGGCCGUGGUCCAUGUCGCCGCGUUAGCGAAUGGACCUCCGUCGUCGUUGGCGAUAAAGCAUGAGGAUGAGACAGGGGCGGGGAGGGAACAGUCGCUCAAAGCGAGGAUUGAGUUGGGUGUUGGGGCGUUGCAGGUGCUGGGUAGGGCGUGGCCGUUGGCGAGGAGGGUGAGGGGGGAGAUGGUGGAUGUUUAUCGGGGGAGGUGUUGA